AUGCCCACGAUAAAUAUCAGUUCUGAUGCGGCUCGGCCUAAACCGCAAGGCGAACAUGCUGAAUUCGCUGACCUCUCGGCCGUCAAGACCAGAGACCUUCCCACCAAAGCCGCCGAAGAUGUCGCUUACGGUCCCAGCGGGGUUCGGGGCAUCAUCAGCUCCCCAUAUAUCUUGUUUGCCGCGUUUGUAGCAUCCUUGGGUGGCUUUUCAUUCGGCUACGACCAGGGUGUCAUAUCCAUCAUUAAUGUCAUGGACCAGUUCCAUCAAGUAUAUCCCUUUGCCGCCACUGGCUUUGGCAAGGGUUUCAUGACUGGUAUGCUGGAGCUUGGCGCCUUUUUGGGUUGUUUCUUUAUGCCCUGGUUGGCCGACAAGAUUUCUAGAAAGAGAGCUCUUGUCGUUGUGGUUGUCAUAUUCAAUAUAGGCGCUAUUUUACAGACAGCAGCCGUCAACUACGGUAUGCUGGUUGCUGGCCGAACCAUUGGUGGUAUUGGUGUCGGAACACUUGCUUUGGGUGCUCCUUUGUACAUUUCCGAAAUCUCGCCCCCAAACCUACGAGGCACGCUGCUUGUCCUGGAGUCGGUUUCCAUCGUGACUGGUGUUGUUAUUUCCUUUUGGAUUACAUACGGCACUCGAGAGCUUGCCGGCGAAAUUUCAUUCCGUCUCCCUCUGGGCCUGCAAAUGGUCUGUCCGACCCUGCUCGGAAUACUCAUCAACUUCUUCCCAUACUCGCCGCGCUGGCUAGCCCUUGUUGGCAGACCCCACGAAGCUCUCACCGAUCUUGCAAAGCUGCGUAGACUGCCAGAGUCGGAUGAGCGCGUCCAGACUGAACUGCGGGGAAUCUUGGUCGAAGCCGAGUUCCAAAAGCGAAUGCAAGAGAUUCGACACCCUGGCGUCAAGGGUUUCCGCAAAGAACUCGUCAGCUGGACCGAUCUUUUUAGCAAAAAGACAUGGCGUCGCCUAUGUGUUGGUCUUGGUGUCAUGUUCUUUCAACAGUUUUCGGGCAUCAAUGCCUUCAUCUACUACGCUCCAACUUUAUUCGAGUCGAUCGGACAGUCUGCAGAUAUGGCGCUCAUCAUGUCUGGAGUCUUUAAUAUCUUGCAGCUCGUAGCUGUUGGGGUUUGCUUCUUCAUUAUUGAUAAGCUUGGUCGAAGGCCGUUGGCUAUCUGGGGAGCACUCGGCGGGGGUAUUGCCUGGGCCAUCAUGGCUAUCCUCGUAGGCCUAUACUCUCAUGACUGGCCCAAUCACACCGCUGCUGGCUGGGCGGCUGUUGCCAUGGCAUUCAUCUUUGUCCUCGUCUACGGAGUCUCUUACUCGCCUCUUGGCUGGGCUUUGCCAUCUGAAGUCUUCCCUAGCUCCACCAGAGCCAAGGGGGUGGCAUUAUCAACCGCGACUUGCUGGUUGAGCAAUUUCAUCGUUGGUGUAGCGACUCCACCCAUGAUUGAACAGAUUGGCUUUGGUACCUAUGUAUUUUUCGCGGCAUGGUGUUUCAUCGCUGCUGCUUGGGCCUGGUGGUUUGUUCCAGAAACCAAGGGCAAAUCACUUGAGCAAAUGGAUGAAGUAUUUGGAGACAAUAGUGGAAAUGAAGAAAAGGACGUGUUAAAGGCCGCCACACUCGGGAUCGAGUCAAUCUAUCCCAAACCCAAGGUCGACUCUGCUGAUGUGGCGACGCCGUAA